GCCGUGCUGCGAGGUCGGGUGUUCGGCAUGGACCAACAACACGCGUGCCUUGACCACGCCGAGCUCCUCCCGCAGCUCCUCGUUUGUCCGCUGCAGCUCACUCACCGUCUGCUCAAGGUGCGUGCUCCUGCGCGACGUCGUCUCCAGCCGCUGCGUGUCGACGGUUAUCUGGUCCUCGAACCGGUCGAGCUGCGCCUCGUUGCGCUGAAGCUCCUUCUGCUUCAGCGCGUGCACAAGGAAGGUGACGCGACCCUGCAGCAUCUUGCUCCCCGCGUCUGUCACCUCCCUCGCGCGCUUCCGCCGCCGCCAGCCUCUCCCCUGCUGAUCACUUGGCGUGAGGCAGCCCACCUCCUCCCGCAGCACCCGCAGGGGACCGACAGCAUGCGCCCUUGA